GGGUCAGACGGGUCACACUACUGCAAACUACAUUUCGGGCCACUUUGAUGGAAAUUUCUAUAAACGUUCUUGUUUUCCUACUGUACACCCUUAUCGUUAUCUAUCUGCAGCACUUUGUUAACAAAUACGCCGAGUUUGUGCGCAGCCUCUAAAUGUUGUGCCUGCAAUCCUACGCCAGCUCCUCCGAAGGGGACUCCGACCAUGAGGACGCCGCUGGGGCAGC